GUGACGCCCGACGCUAAGGUUGCGCUCACGGGCUGCUCGGAGACGCACUGCAGAGGUGUGGGGAUCUUCGUGUCCAAAAACGCCACAAAAUCAUCCGUUUCGUGCAUACCAUGAGUAUAAGAUAGCUUGAUGAGUGUCCAAGUAACAGUGGAAGUGGUGGAAGUUUGGAGGGGACGCCAUCUUGGUCCCGGCUCUCGACGUCCCCAACGCCGGGCUCCCUGUCUCAGCAGCACUCCGCGGUGCCGGCCAAGGCGAAGGAAGGAGCAAUGGACGAGCUGCAAAGCCUGGACCCCAGGAGACAGGAGCUGCUGGAAGCCCGGUUCAUCGGUGGGGUCAGUGGCAGCACUGGGGGCAGCACUGGGAGCACAAGUGGGGGGGCAAAAGCUUUGACAAACAAUGAAUGCUCAAACCACAGUUUUGGAAGUCUUGGUUCCUCAAGUGACAAGGAAUCAGAGGGCUCAGAUGUGAAGAGAGGGAGCUCUCCUGCAUACUCUACACCUGAAAAGAAGCACUCUGAAUCUUCAAGAGGCAGGAAGAGGAAGGCAGAGACUCAGUCUGAGAGCAGCCAAGGCAAAUCAGUUGUACGAGGACCCAAAAUUAGUGACUACUUUGAUUUCCAAGGGGGGAAUGGGUCCAGUCCAGUGAGAGGACCCCCUCCGGUCAUCCGCUCUCCCCAAAACUCACAUUCCCAUUCUGCUCCUGGCUCCACGAUUAGACAAAAUAGUUCAUCUCCCACUAGUCUGUCUUUUGGGGACCAUAUGAUGCAUCCAAAACAGCUGUCAAUCAAAUGUGUCCAGACAGAUCUUACUGUGCUGAAGCUGGCAGCUCUUGAAAGUAAUAAGAAUCUGGACCUGGAGAAGAAAGAAGGGAGGAUAGAUGAUUUGCUGAGGGCAAACUGUGAUCUCAGGAGACAAAUAGAUGAACAACAAAAAUUACUUGAAAAGUACAAAGAACGCUUAAAUAAAUGCAUAACCAUGAGCAAAAAAUUGCUCAUUGAAAAGAGCACCCAGGAGAAGCAGGCAUGCCGGGAGAAGAGCAUGCAGGACCGGCUGAGGCUGGGCCACUUCACCACAGUGCGACAUGGGGCUUCCUUCACAGAGCAGUGGACUGAUGGCUUUGCCUUCCAGAACUUGGUCAAACAGCAGGAGUGGAUUAACCAACAGAGGGAGGAGAUCGAGAGGCAAAGGAAGCUCUUGGCUAAGAGGAAACCCCCAACCACCAACAGCUCCCAAGCUCCAACCACAAACUCUGAGCCAAAGCAACGGAAAACCAAGGCCGUUAAUGGGUCAGAAAGCGACCCCUUUCUCAAACCCAGUCUACCUCAGCUGUUAACUUUGGCUGAGUACCACGAACAAGAAGAGAUUUUCAAGCUUCGACUCGGACAUCUCAAAAAAGAAGAAGCUGAAAUUCAAGCAGAGCUGGAGCGUCUGGAGAGAGUGCGCAACCUCCACAUCCGAGAGCUAAAGAGGAUCAGUAACGAGGACAGCUCGCAGUUCAAAGAUCAUCCAACACUGAAUGAACGGUAUUUGCUGUUGCAUCUUCUGGGAAGAGGGGGCUUCAGUGAGGUCUAUAAAGCCUUUGACCUGUUUGAACAACGGUAUGCAGCAGUGAAAAUCCAUCAGCUCAACAAAAACUGGAGGGAGGAGAAGAAGGAGAACUACCACAAGCAUGCCUGUAGGGAGUACAGAAUACACAAACAGCUGGACCACCCGAGAAUAGUGAAGUUGUAUGACUACUUUUCUCUGGAUACAGACACGUUUUGCACCGUGUUGGAGUACUGCGAAGGCAACGACUUGGACUUCUAUUUGAAGCAGCACAAACUCAUGUCUGAGAAGGAAGCCCGCUCCAUUGUCAUGCAGAUAGUGAAUGCACUACGAUAUCUGAAUGAAAUUAAGCCCCCUAUUAUCCACUACGAUCUCAAGCCAGGGAACAUCCUGCUUGUGGAUGGCACAGCUUGUGGGGAAAUAAAAAUUACAGACUUCGGCUUGUCAAAAAUCAUGGAUGAUGACAACUACGGUGUGGAUGGGAUGGACUUGACUUCACAAGGGGCAGGAACCUAUUGGUAUUUGCCACCUGAGUGUUUUGUGGUAGGAAAGGAACCUCCAAAGAUCUCAAACAAAGUGGAUGUGUGGUCAGUGGGAGUCAUCUUUUUCCAGUGCCUGUAUGGAAGAAAGCCGUUUGGCCACAACCAGAGUCAGCAGGACAUCCUACAGGAGAACACCAUACUCAAAGCCACUGAAGUCCAGUUCCCAGUCAAGCCAGUUGCCAGCAAUGAAGCUAAGGCCUUUAUAAGGAGAUGCCUGGCUUACCGAAAGGAGGACCGGUUUGAUGUGCACCAGCUGGGUAGUGACUCCUACCUUCUUCCUCACAUGAGGAGGUCUAACUCCUCAGGGAACCUACAGAUGGGUGGAAGCUCUGGCUCUGCACCCUCCAGCAUCACCUCCUACUGAGUGAUGGCGGCAUAGACUAAACAAGUGAGAGUGAGAGCAAGCACCCAGCUGCGUCAAGCCUAGUGCUCCUCCUGUGGGGCAGGUGUUGAGGAGGAGGAGGAUCUGCCACCUGCUCACAGGGGGUGGACAAGUCUGGGCAUACUGGCCAUUGGCACUGCCAUGACAAUUCACCAGGUCCAAACUGGGCUCCCUUGCUCUCUGCCUGGGCUAUACUGGUUAGCUAUGAGAGUUUUACCAAGAGAAAAGGAAGGCAAUGUUUAAAGGAUGAGUUUUGAAGACCCAUUGGAAGGUCAUGAAUUGAGGAGCUACCGUGGCAGUAGCAGACAAUGUGAGUUGUAAUUUACAUUGUCAUGCUGGUUGGGGGACUAGGGAAGUAGAGGGGAGAUGUGGGAGAUUUAAUUAUCGGCCUAGAUCUGAACAGUCUACCUGCUACAAUUUUUUAUUUCACGAGCUCACAUUUCUUUUAGAACUUGGUCUAGAGGGGUUUCACCAACUACAGUUUUGCUCUAUCCCCCCCAGACACAAUGCCUUUGGGCUUGGCUGAAUAUUUUUUUUUUAUUACAGAUUGUCAUGUGACCUUGUACAUGAUACUGUUUUGGCCCAGGCAGAAUCCUACUGUGGAUUGCAGAACAUAACCAAACGUAGACAAAUGAUAAUGUAUAGAAUCCUAUGCAGGAAAAAUCCCUCUUCAGAAAAUGUAUAUUUACUGUACAGGAGUUACAAUUUUGGUUCCUAAAUUUCAGCAGUUCUGUGCAAAGAUUUUUUUCCUUCUAUCAUGUUUUCUGGAGCUUUUGAUUUUUGCUGCAGUUGAUGUUGCUUUUACUUUCAGAAAGGCUAUAUGAUCUUUCAGUGAAAUGGUCUAGUUUUGUUAUUGGGAAAAGGUAA